GUUGCACUCCGCGCUUCACGAACACACCCGCAGACCCGCUUUCCAAAUUUCCUCCUGGUACGCACGUACAAAGCCACUUCCCCAACAUUUCCCACGCUAAAAAACCAAGAACAAAUCAAAAGCAUGGGUUUUGUUUCUCUUAUGGGUUUUGCUUCUCUGAAAUGUCUAUACCCCUUACGCUAGAGCAGCUCCUCGCCGGCGGAGACUUUCCCUUCUCGCGGAGGAGAGAAGAAGAUCAACUCGAAGAGUCGAGGAAGAGAAUGGCCAUGAGUGAGAGCAGCUGCGGCGACGAUCAGGAAGUUAGAACCCAUGGCCCUAACCCCAAGAAGCGUGCCGAGACCUGGGUCCAGGACGAAACCCUUUGCUUGAUCGCCUUCCGCCGCGAGAUGGAUCGCCUCUUUAACACCUCCAAGUCCAACAAGCACUUAUGGGAGCAGAUCUCCGCGAAGAUGAGGGAGAAAGGCUUCGAGCGAUCCCCAACCAUGUGUACUGAUAAGUGGAGGAACCUGCUGAAGGAGUACAAGAAAGCGAAGCACCAUUGUCGAGUGAGUGGAGGAACAGGAGGAGGUGUUGGUGGUGGGUUAGCGAAAACGGCAUGUUAUAAGGAGCUUGAGGAGUUGCUCAAGGAGCGGGGUCAUAAGAAUUUGGCAUGCAAGGGUUGCGUUUCGUUAAAGAGGGUUGACUCCUUCAUGCAGUUCGCGGAGAAAGGUCUUGAAGAUGUCAAUCUUCUGUUUGGACCCACAGAAGGUACUGGUAGGUCAGCACUCAAUCAAGACAGACAUUUGGAUCAUGAGAGAGAUUCUCUUGCCAUUACAGCAGCAGAUGCAGUUACACCUAAUGGUAUUCCUCCUUGGAGUUGGAAAGAUAACUCUGCAAAUGGUGAGGAUAAUCAUUCAUCCUAUCUUGGAAGAGUUAUUUUAGUUAAAUUGGGGGAAUACAGUAGAAAGAUAGGCAUUGAUGGCACUAGUGAGUCAAUAAAGGAGGCUAUUAAGGCUGCUUUUGGAUUGAGGACAAGGAGGGCGUUCUGGCUGGAAGAUGAAGAUGAGGUUGUACGUAGCCUUGACAGAGACAUGCCCCUGGGUACCUAUACCAUUCAUCUUGAUGAAGCAAUCGGUUAUCAGUCCGUACAGAAGAAAAGACACUCUACACGCAAGAAGAUUUCAAUGAAUUUCUAACCCGGCGCUGCUGGACUAGCCUUAGAGAGAUCAACUCGUUGAGAACUGCAGAUACGUUGGAUGAUCUUCAACCUGGAGCUGUAUAUCAAGGGCUGCCUGUUACAAGAGCAAUCUGACUGGGGACGGCAUCAUCAGCCUGAUCUUUGACUAAUAAAAAACCAAAAAAGAAUUGGUUAUGCUCCUGAUAAUUUUGUCGCAAUGUUCAGGUUGUUUGAGAGCUGAAAUGAUCUUAUUUCCAGCAAGCAGCAGUGCUUCUGGAAUCCGCAAUGUUCGAAAUACAGUCAAGCUUCAUAUCAUCCUGUUAAGUCAAUGUGUAUGCUCCCAGUUGGCCCUACAGGAGAAGUAUAAGUUUAUUUAAAACAGUGUAAAUAAAUUUUCUGGAUGAUAUUUUUGACUGUAUAUGUUCUACCCCACUACUGCUUUGUGGGUUGUGAUAUAGAAGCAAUCAAGGUAAAUCUUUCAACUAUUUUUCAAGAUUAAGCUACGAAGAAAUCGGUGCAACUGCAUUGUAGAUUAAUAUUAUGACUAUUCUGCAAGUCCAUUGUGUUUGCUGGCAAGGUUUGAAUUCGGCAGUUGUAUCUGGAUGGUGAAUGUACAGAAGCUGGGCUUUAUUUAAUAGCUUCUCGAGUCUGCAAUAUCAAUGUAUUAUUUAUGGCCAUCCAUGUCUGUGCUUAGGCAAUACUGUUUGAUUUACUUGAUAUGCAAACUGACUGAUUCGCUGGGUCAUUUAUGGUAUUUACUUCAACUGGUUGACCAUUGCUUCAGGAAUAAAUUUCCUUCUUAUUUACU